UAUUGCGAAACCUUUUACGUAACUCAUUUGGUACGUUUUGAACCGUUACUAGUUCUAUUUCAUUCUUUUCAAGUUGCAGUCUUCGGGAUGGCAUUCUUAGCCAACCUGGUUUGCGCAGCUUUGGUGGCAGCAAUAUGUACCACUGUCUCAGCAAAAAAAGUAACCGAGGAUGAUUCAUUUUUCUUUGAAAGCUAUUAUGGAAUCAAACUGAGUAUAAGUACGCCGGUGGUAGCAAACGGAGAAUGUACAAGGGAAAUAGUGUUCGACUAUGGACGUCAAGGAGCGCCGCCACUGAGAAGCAAAAUCUUGAUCAAGUGCCAUAGAAGCUACGAUGAAGACAGUGAAGGGGAGAGAUACAUCGUGUCCAACGUGUUGUACAGUAAAAGACCUGAAGAUGUAAUUGUCAUCGAUCACGAAGGCAUCUGCGUUAAAUUUGUGAAUUUUAGUAAUGGCAAAGGAAGUGGAGGCCAGGCACUUGAUGAAGAAUCCUGUAAAAAAAUCAAAAAGAAGGUGAAAUACAAUAAGUCCGAGAGCUUGGUCAAUAGAGCGAUGGCUAUGCUCAUGUCUCCCUCCGACCUCUCUGGACUUAAAAGAAAGUCAGUCCAAGCGGGAACUACUCAAGCACAAAACACGGGAAAGGGGAUUUAAUUAACUGUUCACAGACAUCAGCAAAGUUUGUAAAUGUUUUGAGCAUACGGUUUAAUAAAUCUCACAUUUUCUUCUGAAACUAAAAA